AUGGACGCAAAUUCUUCGAUCAGUAGUAAGCACCAGAAGCAUCAUGAAGGAGAGGGAAGGAAUAUUGAAAGGUGUAUCAGUUUAGGUGAUCUUCCUGACGUAAUUCUCCAAGAGAUAAUAUCCAGCCUUCCCACCAAAGAAGCAGUUCAGACAAGUGUAUUAUCCAAACGAUGGGUGGCUCUGUGGAUGGCAAUUUCAAACAUUGAGUUGAAAGAAGGAUCACCUGAGAAAAGGCAACAGUUCAUAGACUUUGUUGAGAAAUUACUUGCAUGUAAUUCCUCAAGGCUUAAAAAAUUCUCUAUUGCAUUUGAAGUUGGUGAGGAUGCUCCUCAGGUUAAUAGGUGGCUAGGAGGUUUCAUCAAGCCUAGCAUUGAAGAGUUAAAUCUUGAUUUUGAAAGAGUUGGGCAACCAUUGGUCCUCCCUGAUCACCUGUUUACCUCUGAAACCUUGACAAAUUUUCAACUUAGUAUGCAGCAUGUCAUGAACCUUCCUUCUUCCAUUUAUUUUCAAAAUCUAAAGGUCAUGACUUUGAAGCAUGUUAUAUUCCCUGAUGGUUCCCCAACUCAACAGCUUUUCUCUAGUUGCCCAUCCCUGGAGGAGUUAACCCUCAUUGACUGUAGUUGGUUGAAAGUUAAAGCUGUUUGUAUCGCUUGUCCAUCGCUUAAGACAUUGAUCAUAAGAGAGUGGAAAGAUGACGCCGAUGAUUCUGUCAAGUUGGAUCAAGAAAAUGAUGCAGGUGGUCGUAGUGUUCCAACUCACUGCCAAAUAGUGAUCACUGGAAGUAACCUGAAAACAUUCUCUUAUGAUGGUGACCUCCUAAAUGAUUAUUUCUUGUUUUGUACUUCAUGGGUCACUGAUGCAACUGUUGAGGUCUACCCAUCAGAUAGUCGCUUGGACUCGCCUUAUUUUGUUUUCAAACUUCUGAAAGCCCUCUCAAAUGUGGAAAAGCUAUCAUUUACUGAUUAUGUUGCCGAGGCGCUCUCGCGAACAUCUUUUUUAAUCGGGCAUCUUUCUUUGUUCAAUAAAUUGGUUGAGCUUCGUGUGAUCUCGGUAUCACCCAUAGGUUUCUCUUGUGAUGCAUUGCUGGCCAUAUUAAGGAACUCGCCUAUUCUCGAAACUCUUGAGCUUGUUAUGGGGGUCUCUCUGCCUCAAAGUGGCGCAAACAACAUUGAUCCAUUACCAGCUUGUUUUGGAACACACCUCAAGACCAUCAAGAUAUAUGGUUUUGCAGGGAGUGAAGUAGAGCUAAACGCCAUUAAAUUUUUGUUGCAAGCAGCAUCAGCUUUGGAUGCAUUCUACAUUUAUAGCAAUGGAUAUGAUUUUGACUCUCCCGCGGGAAUAGAGAGGCUAAACGUGUUGCACCAGCGAAUUAUGCAGUUUCCUAGAGCUUCAGAGAAUGGGUAUAUUUGUGCUCUUUGCGAUUUCUCAAAUCCAGAAAAAGAUCUGCUUUAUGAGUUGCGUGAGUGA